AUGAACUGGUCAAGACACCUCUUGUUGCUUUGUGUCAUGUUGGUUUUUGCCAUCCAUGUCAAUGGCCGAUUCCCUUCUCUACUGACUGACACAUUGACUCUGAAUCCUUUCGCACAACAUGCUCGUCAUUGGUUCCAUUCAAUCACAAAUCCGACAAAGGCCAAAUCCUCUUUAACAACAAACGCGUCCUCUCCAUCCUGUUGUUUACCCUCUACUUUUUACUACAAAGGAUCGACCAUGCAACAAUCUCAAGAAGGAGGAAAAUCAGUGUCCUUUUUUUCUGCCGAUCUUGUCAUUCAUUCCGAUUUAGAUAAGAAAUUAUUUCGUAUCGAUACCAUUUCACCUGACAUGAAAACAUUUCCUCCAAGUGUCACUCAAAUGUUACUGACACACAAUGAAACAACUUAUAAUUAUGUCAAUACUAGUGCUGGAUGUUGGUGUUUCAAAGUGAAUAUGAAUCCGUGGGCUCCUUACUGUGUCCAACAACCUUAUCAACGAUCUGUCCAAUUGUUGGAUAAUAUUCCAAUGGAUAUUUACGGUCAAGAAAUUGUUCAACGUGAUAUGGGAAAUUAUGAAAAGAUUGAAAUUUGGACCAUUCCAAUUGCAAAACAACAUUCUUCAGAGCCAUUUGGUAUGAAAUCCAAUCAAGAGAAUGGACCCUUAUGCUGGGUUAUUAGUCAACAAUUGUUGGCGCAUUCAGACAGUCAGAAUAUCACAGAAACCUAUAGCAACAAUAAUUAUGGAUUUUCUACACGAGUGAAUUAUAAUGUUUUUAAACCAGCUCCAAAUUGUCCUGCUUUUCAAGAUUGUGGUCAUUAA